UCCGUGCCACCCUGUGACAAAUAAUUAGUUUUAUAAACAAGAGAUUUUUAAUUGCGAGUUAAAAAAAUCUCCGAUAUAAUAUACAAAACCUCACCAUUAAUGUAGAUUUUAAACGCAACAUAAGCUCUCUAUACUGCACAAUCAAUGCAAAUCUAAAUCAUAACUCAAAAUCCGCAAGUUUUUCUUAGCUGAGAACAUCUUUGUCCGCCACACUUGACUUGAGAUCGCAAUAAGAGUUAUGAUAAGAUAAAAUAAGAAGAAAAACAAAGUGUGGAAGAAAUUUCACUAUUCAUAAGAAAAUCGCACAAUACUGUAACCAUGAAUGCCAAUGAUCGUCUGCGAAUUAAUGAGGAGAAAACCAGGAAUUGGCUGAAUUCUCUAAACCUGGAAGAUUUAGACUCAGUUGAUGAUUCGACCGUUGAAUCUAGUGUUAUUGAUUCCAGCGACUCGGAUUCAGAAUCAGGCGAAGAGCAUGCCCUCGGCACACGGAUCCCAGGCCAAAUAAUAGAAUCCGAUGAUAGAGAAUAUAGAGAUAUAACCCAGCUAAGCACAACAUGUCCAGAUCUAAGGCAAUUAAGUGAAAUUGUAAGCAACAUGCCACAACAAAAUUUUGGCAAUUUCAGUAUUUCAAAUUCGAGUAAUGUUAUAAUGGGACAUGUUAUCAAAAUCAAUGGCAAUAUUAUAAUUAAUAAAGAUGGUAAUGAAAGUGAGUGUACACAUGACACAUCUGAAAAUCUGGAUGAGGAUAAGUCAGAUAUAAAACAAGAAAGAAAGCACGCAACACCAAAGAAACCACCAGUCUAUAGACCUGCUUGUCAAAUAAUUCCAAGAGCACGGUGGCUUGCAAUGGAUCCUAUUAAUGAGUACAGUCCUAUAGAUGUACCAACAGAUUUAGUAAUUAUUUCCCACACUGCCACCAGUGACUCUACAGAACAAGCAAAAAAUAUUGGUAUAAUUCGUGAUAUACAGACUUUUCACAUUGAAACCCGAGGAUGGGACGAUAUUGGUUAUAACUUUUUAAUUGGCUGUGAUGGUAACGUGUAUGAGGGACGGGGAUGGGGUGUGGAGGGAGCGCAUACUUUUAGCUAUAAUAGAUAUUCAAUUGGAAUAUCCUUCGUUGGAACUUUUAUGUAUAAGCUUCCACCACCACGAGCAUUGACUGCGUGCAAGAACUUACUUAAAAGAGGUGUCGAUGAAGGUCAUUUAACGCCAAAUUUCAAACUCAUGGCACAUAGACAAUUUAUGAGCACCGCUAGCCCUGGUGGCAAGUUGUACGAGGAACUAAAGACUUGGGAUCAUUUUUACGAACCCCCCUCAGGUGAAAUUGAUGAGAAUUUUUCUCAGACCCUUAAACGAAAUCAAAGUACCACAGAGGACACAACGAAUUUAAAAUGACAGUUUUUUUUUUGAAAGUAAUUUAAGAAUAAUUAAAUUAAUGGAUAUGUAUUCAUCUAAUGUUGCAUUUUUUCGAUCUUUUCUUAUGGGUUUUAAUAAAAACAUUUUCCGAGUUUUAAAGUCAAUUAAAAAUUGACAUCAAAGCUUGAGAAAUAUUUUAUUUUUUGUAAUGGAUAUAUUUAAAAAUAUAUGAACUAUAUGACCGCAUUUGUAUUUGCCGAUAAUGUUUGCCUGAUGUUUUAAAAAUAUAGUGCCUUAUUUUUGUUUUAAGUUAAAAGAGAAAAAGAAAAAUAUAAGAUUGUUGUUUUUUUAAUAAUUGUUGUGUUUUAUUUCUGUUGUUGCUUUUAGCAUUAACAUUUCGAAAAUUAUAAUAAAUUUAUUUGUUGGAAACUGCUGCUAACGAUGAAUUAAGAAUUGAUGGAAUUUAUAUUUAACCAAUACACAAAUGAUUAAAUUUAUUCGCUGGCUUGGGCACGAG